CUGUUGAUAAUCCACCAUCUACUAUAAUAUCUUCGUCAAAUAAAUUGUUGAGUCAACAGCAACCUCAAUCAAGUGGUAUACCGAAUUUUGAUAUGACAUUAGAUGAUCUAUUUGCCAAUACUCAAGUAUCACCACCACUAGAGGGAACAGAUUCAUUUUUACUUGAACAAUUACAACAACAAUUAGAUGCAACAGAUGAAGAACUAAUUCAAGCAUCUAUGAAUCUAGAAUCAUCGAGAACAAUAUUUUCAGACGAUACUGUGAGUGAUGAUGAAUUAAUGCAAGUAACAAAUCAAGAUGAAAAUAGACAAUGCAAGAAUCCAAGUCCAAUACUAUCAUUAAAAAAACAGAUCACACCACCACAAAUACAAGUAUUAACACCAAAACAAACAAAUUCACUAACGCCAAAGCCAAGUUUACCAUUAUUUGAAUUAGAAUUCAAUCUGGAUGAUUUUGAUAUUGAAGAAGAUGAAGAAGAAACGGGUGAUAUUAAUAAUAACCUCAAUACGUAA